CUUGUGUUCCGGUUAACCGAUUUGUUUUUAUCACGUACGACGAGAUUUAGGAACACAUGUAAACUGCACUGCGUUGAAGAGGCACAGGACAUUUAUUUCUACGAGGCUGUCACGCGAAUUAACAAGAUGGCGACGGGUGGAUCAGACAAGGACACGCCUAUUACAAAGGAAAAGGAAACACCCAGUACAGCAGACAAGGACACGCCUGGUACCGCAGACAAGGCCCCGCCUAGUACAGUAACCGAAAAUCCAGGUCGUGGAAUGAGACUCGUCAUGUCGGCUAUGGGUUCCAAGUUCUCCAGCGUGAAACACAUCAGCACGAGCGACUUGGAGCAGUGGUUACACACUGGAAACGACGAUAUCGUCGUGCUGGAUUGCCGUGAACCAAGAGAGUACGACGUGAGUCACAUGGCCGAGUCGAUCAGGGUGGACUGGAAUAGGGUGGACGUGAAUCAGCUCAUUAAUUCGUUGCUUGAGCGUGAAGGUCCCGCAAAGAAAAAGAUUGUCUGUUACUGUUCCCUUGGUUUCCGAUCCGGGACAGUGGCAAAGAAAAUACAAGAUUUUAUUACCAAGAAAAAAGAGGAGUCUCCCCCAUUGGAGGUAUACAGUCUUUACGGAUCUGUUUUUAAAUGGGCCAAUGAAGGACGCCCAUUGGUGGACAACAGCGGACAAAAGACGCCUUUUGCUCAUCCGCAUAUAUUUCUGAUUUGCGGACUUCUGAACAAGGCGGUUAGGAAGUGGUAGCAGACACGAUAUAUUCUACACAGUUUAUUUUAUAACGUCUCGUCUUGCCCAUGAUUGCGAGUGUGUCUUUUUCUACAUCAUCGGUUAUCAAGAAAUAUCUGGGGUAUUUGUUUUGUAAUUUGUGUUUAUCAGCGUGUGGUGCACCGUGUUUUAAUAUGUCGUCUUUUCACAAAGUGUGGUAUGACCUUAUUUGUGACUGAAUUACAAUGGCCUUACAUAGCGGAGGGAAUGGGCAGGGGAAAUGUGCGGGUGGCGGUUUUUGGAGAGAAGAAUAACAAAUAAAAAUACAAAAAUGGCUCGUUUUAGUUUAAAAUUGCCCUUUUUGUUGGCCUGGAGAAAAUCUGUUUGUAAAGUCACCUCACAUUUUGUGUGUGUCUAGUUACUAACGUUUGCUAUAAUACAGUAAUCAGAACGAGCUACAACAGCAAUGUAAACAUGAUGUAAUUCAUUUUCAAUUAUGCAAUGGAUAGUGUGACGUUAGAAAUUAUGUUCAAGUCUGGAUACUGUGUAGUAUUAAAUGUAUUAAGUUGUGACAUCUAAACAUAUUAAUUUCUGAUAUCUUAUAAUGCUUUUAUCACUUUAUUAAACACGAGUCAUGAGACAAUGUUGCGAAAUCUCUUUAAAAGGAAUAUUUGCAAUACGCAACAGAAGCGUUGGAAGUAUUUUGCCAUUGGGGCUGCAGAUAUGGUGAGUGUGAGAGGGGUGUUCCUUCUUGAAACACUUUCUAAGAUAUAACUUUUGGGCGAUAUUGUCAGAAUAUUAAACAGAAAGAACACUAAAAUGUGUUUGAGUAUGUACUGUUCACGUGACACCUAGCACACCUAGAAGUUUUCGAAAGUUGCCAGUCGCGAUUCGUUAUAAAUUACAAAUUUGUGUUAUACUAGCGUUUGCAGCUAGCGAACGCAAUGUCCACUAAACUUUAGAGUUGGGUACUGCGAAAAAAACCGUACCGCGGUUUUUUCUAAUGUACCACAGUAUACCACGGUAAUGACAGCAUACUAAUCACUGUGAUUCAGUGAUACAAUAAUUGCUCAACAUACAAUGUCAUUUAUGUGCCUUUGAACUUAGGGGUCAAACACAUAUGACAUACUACAAUGAAAUACCUACCAGUAAAGAUUUUGACUGAUUCAGUUUACACUCUAUUUCCUAUAAAGUUGAGUAAGCAUUAAGCAGGACUAAAAUCUCAUUUAGAGAAUAGCCAAUACUUAUAGGUAGAACAUAGUUGUAGAGCCUUGUUGUAUUUUAAGACCUUAUAAUGUAAAUGAAAUAAACAUAACAGAUGAA